AUGUUAGAAAGACACGGCCAUCUUCCUGGUUACACAGGCCAUAUCCCUAAAAAUCAGCAAAUCGAAGAACCUCCCCAGCCACAGCCUAGAAGGCCCCAGCUUCCAAAUUACAUGGGUUUUAUCCCUGGUGCCAAGUCAGAAAAUCUUUUUGGUAAAACCUAUGGCAAAAUAACUGAAAUGUCUGCCUUAGGGACUUAUAACAAAGGCCGUGAUAUCCCAGUUGAAGACAAAUUUAAAACAAUUACCCAAGAAAACUACGUAAACCAGCUAAGAGUUUACGUUCCGUUUUUACAUCCAAAAGAAUAUCCUUUGCCACCUGAGGAUCCAAUCAAUCAAAUUCCUUAUGAAACUCUAUCAAAGUUUUAUGGGGUAAAGCCAACAGGAAACUUAGAUGACAUGGGAAGAUCAAUUUCAAAUUAUUAUGAAAGAGAUGAAGGAGAAGUGGAAGAAACCAAUAAACAAGAUGUAUUUGCUGCAACAAGAAAUUUCUUUGGAGAUGAAGAACGCUAUGAUGGGCCUGCAGAAUUAAAGUUGAGCUAUGAAGAAGCUAGGAAGAUUGCGUCAGGACAGAAGAAUGAUAAAGCUUAG